AUGUUUAGGAAAGCUCCUGUAACCACGGUCUCUAAUGGAAGCUACUUGCAGGGACAAGCUGAUGGCAGGUUGCCCUCUAUGGGCAACGGACAGCCAGCCCAGGAGGGAAAAGUUGUGCUGAAGAAGAAAGUGACACUUUUGAGGGGGAUAUCCAUCAUAAUUGGCACUAUCAUUGGAGCCGGCAUCUUCAUCUCUCCCAAAGGCAUCCUGAAGAACACGGGCAGCGUGGGCAUGUCCUUGAUUGUCUGGACAGCGUGUGGUAUCCUCUCGCUCUUCGGUGCUCUCUGCUAUGCUGAACUAGGAACGUGCAUUAAGAAAUCUGGUGGUCACUACACAUAUAUCCUGGAGGCUUUUGGCCCAUUACCUGCUUUUGUGAGAGUCUGGGUUGAAUUACUCGUCAUUCGCCCUGCUGCCACAGCAGUGAUAUCAUUGGCAUUUGGACGCUACUUUUUGGAACCUUUCUUUAUGCAGUGUGAAAUCCCAGAACUUGCGAUUAAACUUACUACAGCUGCUGGCAUCACACUGGUGAUGGUCCUGAAUAGCAUGAGUGUCAGCUGGAGCGCCCGCAUUCAGAUUUUCCUUACCUUUUGCAAGCUUGUAGCAAUUCUGAUAAUUAUAGUCCCUGGAGUUAUCCAACUAAUUAAAGGAGAAACACAGCACUUCAAAAAUGCCUUUGCAGGGAAUGAUGCCAGUGUUCUGGGAUUACCACUUGCUUUCUAUUCAGGAAUGUAUGCCUAUUCAGGCUGGUUUUACCUCAAUUUUGUUACUGAAGAAGUGGAAAACCCUGAAAAAAACAUACCCCUCGCAAUAUGCAUUUCAAUGAUUAUCGUCACAGUUGGCUACGUGUUAACAAACGUGGCGUAUUUCACUACAAUCAGUGCUGGAGAAUUGCUGCUUUCAGAAGCUGUAGCAGUGACAUUUGCUGAACGGCUAAUGGGAAGCUUUUCUUUAGCUGUACCGGUAUUUGUUGCGCUCUCCUGCUUUGGAUCUAUGAAUGGUGGUGUUUUUGCAGUCUCCAGGAUGUUCUUCGUUGCAUCCCGCGAGGGUCACCUUCCGGAAAUUCUCUCCAUGAUUCAUGUCCGCAAGCACACUCCUCUGCCAGCUGUCAUUGUUUUGCAUCCUCUCACAAUGAUAAUGUUAUUCACCGGGGAUCUCUACAGUCUCCUGAAUUUCCUCAGUUUUGCCAGGUGGCUUUUUAUUGGACUAGUAGUUGCUGGGUUGAUUUAUCUCAGAUAUAAACGUCCUGAUAUGCCUCGUCCUUUCAAGGUGCCUAUAUUUAUUCCAGCAUUAUUUUCCUUCACCUGCCUCUUCAUGGUUGCACUGUCACUUUACUCGGAUCCCGUGAAUACAGGGAUUGGGUUUGCAAUAACCCUGACUGGAGUUCCUGCUUACUACCUCUUCAUCGUGUGGGACAAGAAGCCCAAGUGGUUCAGAAAGUUCCUAGACAAGGUCACUAUAAUAUUACAAAUCCUCUUGGAAGUCAUCCCAUCAGAGGAAGACCAGAAAUCAUGA